GUUUGUCACCUGGGAGUCCCUGCUAGGAGCGCUCCUUUCACCCUUAGAGAAGGCAGUCGCCUUUGCCCCUGCUGCCGCGGCGGAAGGCGUCGGAGGCGGCCUGCGAGCCAGGCCCGCUCGCCCCGGGUGCCCUCGCUCCCAGCGGCUUUGGGGAAUGGAGGCUGUGGAUGGAAGGAGACGCGCUGCGUGCCGGGCACAGCCACAGAGUCCAGUUGCUGUUCGAGGUUCCCGGGAUGCAGCUAGGAAUGAGACGGGUGUGGGUCCCGGCCGCAGGGAGCUUUCAGUUUAAUGGGAAGUUAGAUAUUAAUCACCUCUGAUCAUCUCACCCCUCUGGUCCUAACCGCGUCGCCGCAGCCGGUUGCUUUUAGGUCGAAGACCAAGUCCUCAACGUGCGCGAGGCUGCGGGGCUUGGUCCCUUGCGCUGCUUCCCCUCGUGUUGCAGCGCACUCCCCCUGGCUCAGCUGCAGACUUUCGCUUCUAGGACGAGCUUUCGCACUGGCUGUCACUUUUGUAAAGAUUUUCCUUUUAAUCAAGCCAAUUCCUGCUCAGUCUUACCAUUUAGAAUAGAUUCUCCGGGGCACUAGUCACAAAUGUGAUCUUAAAGUUAUUUAUGAUAAUCUUGGAUUGAUAUGUGUGUGCCCUUUAGCCCUAGCCCAGGGAGGAAAGGGAUCACCUUUUUUUCUCUCGCCACUAUCUCACACUUGGGCUGGAAUGGAUGCAGUAGAUGUUUGUUGAACGAAGAAAGCGUACAUCAAUGUGUCAUCUCAAACAUGGGAGACAUGCCCCUGCCCUUCACUGAGAAGGAGCCCAGGUGAUGGCAGCCAUGCCCCUGAAAGCCUGGUACCAGUCCAGGUUUCUCAGAUGUAGUGUGCAUCACAGUCACCUGGAGGGUCCAUUGAUGGAACAUUUACUCUCCGAUGGGGCCUGCCAGUGUGCCUUUCCACCAUCUCUAAUGGGACUCCUCCCUCACACUGUCCCCUGGGUCCCACACUCUGGCUCUGAGGCAGAGGAUUGGUUCUGGGACAGCAGGAACCUCUUGUUGCAGGAGGUGGUGACCUUCGAGGACGUGGCUGUGCACUUUACCCAGGCAGAAUGGGCUGGCCUCUCUUCUGCACAGAGGGCCCUGUACAGAAGUGUGAUGCUGGAGAAUUACGGGAACUUGACAUCCCUGGGAUACACAGUUCCCAGCUCUGCCCUCAUCUCACUUCUGGAGGGAAGGGACUUGCCUUGGGGCCUGGAGGCACAGGAUGACCCACCUGCAGAGAGGAGGACACACGUCUGUCAAGAUUCCGAGACCAACAUUGGCAGUGAGUCCACAUCAGGACAGGGAAUUUCUGAAAACAGAGCUGUGGUGUUGUCUUGUGGUCUGCAGAAGAUUGCUCCUCAGAGAAGCAACUUCCUAGGAACAUGUAAACUGGAGAAGCACCAGGAAAUCUCCACAAGGAAACAUGGUGGAGGAAAGGUUCCCAGAAUCCACUGUGACGGGAAACCCUUCUGGUGUGAGGAAUGUGGGAAGUGUUUCAGCUAUUUUUCUCACUAUGUUAGACACCAGAGAAUCCACACUGGGGAGAAACCCUUUGAGUGUAAUGAGUGUGGAAAAGCCUUCAAUGGCAAUUCCUCAUUGAUUCGGCAUCAGAGGAUCCACACUGGAGAGAAACCCUAUCAGUGUGAGGAGUGUGGGAGAGCCUUCAAUGAUAAUGCAAACCUGAUGAGGCAUCAGAGAAUCCACAGUGGGGACCGACCCUAUCACUGCCAGGAGUGUGGGAAAGGCUUCACCAGCAGCUCUGAGUUUGUUAUACAUCAGAGAAUCCACACUGGAGAGAAACCUUAUGCAUGUAAUGAGUGUGGAAAAGCUUUUGUCGGUAACUCACCACUACUUCGGCAUCAGAAAAUUCACAGUGGAGAGAAACCCUAUGAAUGUAAUGAAUGUGGCAAAAGCUUCGGAAGGACUUCCUAUCUUAUCCAACAUCAGCGUAUUCACACAGGGGAAAAGCCUUAUUCUUGUAAAAUAUGUGGGCAAGCCUUCAAUUUGCAUAAAAAAUUAACUCGACACCAGAGAGUCCACAGCGAUAAGAAACCCUUUGACUGUGUAGCUUGUGGAAAAGCCUUCAGUGCUCAGGAACAACUAAAAAGGCAUCUGAAGACCCAUAUUCAAGAGUCUUCCUAUGUAUGUGAUGAGUGUGGAAAAGUCUACACUAGCAAAAGAAGUCUUCUACAGCAUCAAAGAGUCCAUACUGGAAAGAAACCCAGUGGGUGUGUCAAGUAUGAAAAGACCUUUAGGACUUCUCCCCAGCUAGGUGACCUUGAGCACGUCCACCCCGGAGAGAAACCUGCGCUGGACAUUUGUCGUUUUGGCCUCCCAGAGUUUUUUACCCCCUUUGACUGGUAGUAUAUUCAGUUCCCUUUGGGACCCCAUCUCCUACUCACGAGUAGACUGUGUGACACAGACCCGCCUUAGCCAUUGUUGUUGGUCAGUAGGUGACCCAAGAUGGUCCAGUUAGAGUUCCAGGAUGUGGCCAGACUUCACAGGAAGAAAUACUGUUCUUUUUCCUUAGUCUUAAAGCUGAGAGGAUUUCCUGGAUUAUUGUGGAAGCUGAGAAUAGAGUCAGUACAGCAGAAAAAAAAAAGUGUUGGAGAGUAAUCAGCCUUGACAAUUCCAUUUGAACUACAUUAAACUAUGUCUGAAGCUAGAAAUGCAUCUGGGCUUUUGAAUUCCAGUAACCAAUAAAUUCAGUUUUGUUUUUCUCAA